AUGUCAUCUGUCAAUGGGGUUGCGGGCGCGGCCCCACGAACCCGGCGAGCCGUAUCCAAGCCGGUUGUCCCCGUGCUGCCCCUCAACUACCCGCAGCGCCCGGCUACCAAACAAAACUCGGCCCAAGCCGUACCCUUACCUCGGGGCCGUGACCAAGCUGGGCUCUCAGCGACCGAUGACAAGACAGGAACGCACCUCUCGCAGCGCCAAGAACAGUUGAUCGGAAAUGCUGCCGGCCUUGGCCCCAGCGUUGAAAACGGCAUCGAUCAUUCAGUGUCUUCUACCGCUUCAGCCAAGCCAGCUGUCAAGGCAGAGCCCUCAGAGCCAGACGUGACUCUUGAUGAACGCGCGAAAGACACGCCUAAGGUUUCUUCCGCUUUCCCUGACCGUCGCAUUGUGUCUCUUGCCCACCGAUUCCCCGCCGUCCAGAACCCCGCACCCGACGCCAUGACCACCCCCGGCCCGGUCCUUGAAGCACCCGUUCCCGCGCCGCACCCUGCGAUCAUGAAUCGGCCGACAUUCCACCAACCUCACCCUAGUAAUGGAAGCCUCAUCUUCGGGGCUUACCACGACUCCAACGCAUCUUCCCCUGCACCUCAUUCGGGCGGCAGCGGCUUUCCUCCUCCAGGCAUGUUGCCGUACCCGCAUGUGGCGCCUGUCGACGGGUAUGGGCGCCCUCUCCUUGUGUCGCAGAAUCUCGAUGGCUACCCCCCGAAUCUGAUUAACCAUCACGGGCCGCCCACUCCCCAUAGCUUCCAAGGAUCGCAAUCGUCGGCGCAGGCCGAGGAACAUGCCCUCAAUCCCUACCCCACCGUCAACGGCCAUAACGGAUACCCUGCGGACCCCAUGGGACAAGUCCCGGUGCCGCCGCCCGGCCCACCCAUGAACGGAACACUGCACGCCGUCGCUGGUUCGGUUUCAGCUUAUCAAUCUUUCCGCGAUCAAGACGAGUCAUUGGCAUUUUUGCGGCACGGCAUCUCCGACGACACGUUCAAUGACUGCACCCUCGAAGUUCGUUUCCCAGAAAGCUCAGAGUUUCAGGACCAUCCCGACUACCGGCAGCUCCACCGUGUAUUGAGAACCCACGGCCAUCGGUUCGUCUACUCCCGCAGCCCUACACUCGCUGGGGUGAUGAAGGCGCAGCGCACGAUGCCAGGCGGGGCCAUCUACCUCGAGCUUCACGACGAGUACAUGCGGCCAGAUGUAUUUUGGUAUUCCCUGCGCACUCUCUACGGCUGGAGCCUGGCUGACGGCAUCCUCCCCACCGAUAUGCGCCUUCGAGAUGCCCGUGACGAUUUGAAGACCGCCCUGUGCUACAUUGCGACUGCCCGCUACUUGCAGCUUGGAGGAUUGCACGCAGUUGCUGUCCAGCACGCAAGCCGCCUUCUCUUCUGGAAUACGAUUGAGCUGGCGGUAAAGUUCGCUUCUCGGAUGGUAGCCGUGCCACCGCGGAAUGCGGCCUUCAACGCGCCGGAGUUCCUCGGUCGAAUCGUGUUGUUCAUUGUGCACAAUUUUCCCGUUGACUUCGUCCUUGACGUCAAUGCUAGCGAUUCCGGCUUCCCUCGCCUCCCCCCUGCUAGCCUCCCGACUCGUGAUCCCAACGCGCCCACCAUAGCUCACGGCACAUCCCGCGGGGUUCAUAGUCGGCAAUCUUCCAAUACUCAGGCCCAGAUGCCACGAAACCCCCGUGUAUCCGCCAACCCUCGAUUGUCUCAGAUCAAAUUCGGGGACAUAUCGCCGUCAAAGAACGGAUGCGAGCCCAGUGAGUCCUCUGAGGACGCCCGAUCACCGCGGGUUUCAACUCCGAACGACGCGAUCCUCUCGCGGAUCCUUCUCAACCUGCCCUUUGAGCUUUUGAAGCAGAUUUUGGAGCAUCCGCAUCUGGGCAAGUCAUCUGGAGACUUUAGCCCGUCUUCUCGGCAAAGCUUAAUCGCGGAUAUCAUCGCCGAGAGGGAGUAUAGACGCUUAAAAGCCCUAGAGAAGGCAGACCCACGCCUCCGGGCGUACCAAGAACGAGUCGAGUCCGAGCCAUCCCCUCCGAGCGUGGAGAAUAUGGAUGAUUACUGGGUGAGCAACAUGGGCUUUAAGGAAGAGGUGUUUUCCGGAGACCUGCCAUACCUUGUUCGGACCUGGACAAGAGGCAGCCCGGCCAGUCUCGGCGCUUGA